GUCAAUUUGAAAAUGUUAACGAUAAACAUUUAACCAUUGAAGAUUAUCGUUGACCAAAACAAAACUGAAAAAAAACCAGAAAAAAUCGAAUAAAAUCCAAUUGAAAAAAAUGGCUGUUAAAAACGUUCGAUCGGGUCGUUCAUAUCAACCAUGUCCACCGGAUGGUGGUUGGGGUUGGUUGGUUGUAUUCGGUUCAUUCAUGUUACAUGUUAUUGCUGAUGGUAUUAUCUAUAGUUUUGGUUUAUUUUAUUAUGAAUUGGAUAAACAUUUUGGUGAAAGUAAAACAGCAACAUCGAUGGUUGUUUCCAUUAUGAAUGGUACAACAUAUUGUAUUGGACCGAUUGCAAGCGCUUUAACCAUCAAAUUUGGUUGUCGUAUUGUAACGAUUGUUGGUGCAAUAUUUGCUAGUUUAGGAUUUUUUCUCAGUACAUUUGCAACGAAUAUAUUUACAUUAUAUGGAACGAUCGGUAUCUGUGCUGGAUUUGGUUUUGGAUUAAUGUAUUUACCGGCAAUUGUUAUUGUAACAUCAUAUUUUGAAAAAAGACGUGCAUUCGCCACUGGAAUUGCUGUUUGUGGUUCAGGAAUCGGUACGGCUAUAAUGAGUCCAUUGAUUGAAUAUAUUAUCAAUCUUUAUGGAUGGAAAGGUGCUAUGUUAAUCAUUUCAGCAUUAUUAAUAAAUUGUACAAUUUUUGGUGCAUUAUUUAAACCGGUACCAUUAACAUUAACACCGUCAUCAUCAUCGAUACCACCAAUCGAUAUUUCAACAACUAUCGAUACUAUUCAAACAUCGAAUAGUAACCAACAUUCGAAUCGGAUUACGAAUGAUGAUGAUGAUAAUGAUAAUCAAAUUGAAUUAAACAAUGAAUCAAUGUUGAUUUGUUUGGAAAAUUCAAAAUCACUACAACAACAACAAAGUUCAAUGGAAAUUCAUACACAAAAAUCUACAACGGGCGAAGAAUCAUUGAAUAAUGAUAAUGAUGAUUUUAUUGUCAAACAACGUUCAUAUUCAUUUACACCGGGAUUUUUAUAUCGUGAAGAUUCAUUUUAUAGUGGUAGUUUAAUGAAUAUCAACAAUAAUAAAUCGGAUGGAAAAUUUAGUAACAGCACCAGCAACAAUAAUCAUUAUCGUAUGGAACGCAUAAAUAAACAUAAAACAAAUAGUGAUUGUUAUCUAUUUAAAAAAUUCAAUUUUCCUGAUGAAAUCAAAGAAAAUUUUUGCGAAAUGAUCGAUUUAAGUUUGAUGCGUAAUGAAAUUUUUCUAAUAUUUUCAGUGUCAAAUUUUUUAACAAGUAUUGGUUAUCAUAUACCAUUUAUAUUUUUGAAAGAUUGGAUUGUUGAUAAUCGUAUUGGAUCGCCACAAGAAACUGGAUUUUUUACAUCAAUUAUCGGCUUGUUUAGUACAAUUAGUCGUUUAGUUUUUGGUUAUAUUUCGGAUCAUUCAUUUGUUAAUCGUCUUUGGUUAUAUACUAUUUCGGUUACAUUUUGUGGAAUAGUUAUUAUUUCGAAUACAGUGGCUACAACUUAUAAAUUAUUGGCAAUUUUUUGUGCAUUUUUUGGUAUUACAUGUGGAACCUAUGUAAGCCUAACAUCGGUUGUUCUUGUCGAUCUUUUGAGUUUGGAAAAAUUAACCAAUGCAUUUGGUUUAAUACUUUUGUUUCAAGGUGUUGCCUCAAUUUUAGGACCAUUAUUUAUUGGAUUCAUCUAUGAUCUAUCUGGAGCUUAUGAUACUGGUUUUUUAGUUAUCGGAUCAUUGGUUACAUUAAGUGGAUUAAUGUUAAUACUGAUACCGAUUUGUAAUCAUUUUAAAUCAUUGAAAAAAUUAUUUUUAUAUUAAUCUUUUUUUUCCUUGAUGAUGCUGGUGAUAACUUUUUUGUUUUCGGUCAAAAAAGCAAACUUUUCCCCUUCAAAUUUCAUGGCACGAUUUUGUUUAU